GCGGCUGUCAGGGAGCGGGUGGCGUGUGUGGGGCCGGCAGCCAUGCGGUGCUGGAGACUCUUUCCCUUGGUGGUGCUCCUCGUCGUCCUGAUCUCCGCCAGAGGCAAUGGUGACGACUUCAGCUUACAAGAUGCACUUGAAACUACAAAGAAGCCUCUUCCAUCUCAGAAGCCACCGCCACCAGAUUUCGAUGAUUUCAGUUUGGAACAUGCCCUUCACCCUGAUGAGCCCAAGCCAGGUUCGCCUGCAAAUCCCAGAGACACUGAUAACCCCAAGCAAGGUCCACCUGCACAUCCUAAAGACACUGGCAACCUUGAUGAUUCAGAUCUAUACGAUGGCAGUUUACCAAAAGGAGGAGGCGAUGGUAGUGGCAGCAAUGAACGAAAGGGCCCAAGUCUAAAUAAUGGUGAAGCUGAGGCUUCUCAGGGAGCGAUAGCUGGAAUUGUAAGUGCUGUGCUUGCUACUGUAAUUGGAGCAGUGUCUAGUUUCAUUGCUUACCAGAAGAAGAAACUGUGCUUCAAACAAAGUGCAGAUGAAGAGAAUGUGAAUAUGCAAAGCCAUCGGGGAGCGCAAUCUGAGCCACCUGUUCAACGCACACUUCUGGAGAACUAAAUUAAAGAAAACACGAUGAAGAACAGACCAUUGAAACUGGAUAGAGAGCCUGCAUUCUGCCUGAAAUUAAAAAAAAGCAAACAAAAAAACCAUAAUAAAAAAGCAGAGUCUGAAGUUGUGUGAGAAAACAGUUCUUGUUUGAAACACCUCCAGGAGUGUGACGUAGACCUGAAUACUUCUGUAUGGUUAGCCCUGUGAAGCAUUGUGGUACACCAAUAUGUGGCCUUAAUGACAGGAGUGUAAAAGUAUGUUGUGCCUUUACAUUCUUUCCUGUACUUCUGUGACAAAUGGGUGUGUCUCAAGUGCAUUCAGUAUGUUUAACUUUUCCUUACCUCUCCAAAAAAAAUAAGCAAUUAAUGUUUUGUUACACCAUUGCUUUCAGGCAGUGCAAACAUUUUUUUAAUAUCCUGUAUGCAGUGAGUGUACCAGCCAAACAACUUGGUAUGUGGUGUGGGCACCUGAAAGUAAAUGGCUCGCUGUGUGUGGAUAAUGGAUCUGGGUGUGGGUGCUGCUCAUACAAUCUGUGUAGCCGCCUGGGUCAGCAACUAGGGAAGAGAUACUUGUUCUUGAGCAUCCAAGAGACAAAAAUUCAGAGUUUUGUUUUUGCAUUUUUUUUGUUGCAUCUGUCUGGUACAGAUUCAGAACACACAAACUAGUACACACAGACCCUUCAUCCUUUCUGGCUCUUCCUGCUUAGCAAGUACUGAGCUGGUCAGGUGUGGAAAAGCUUGAUUUGCAAAUCAGAACUAUAAUUGGAUUUUGUACAUCUGGUGAGACUGAUGUUUGGCAGUUGUCUGAACAGUUGUGGAUGAAGUAUUGCGGAGUGGGGAUUAACAUCUUCAGACUUCCAUAACCGAAAACUUAACAGAAAAUAGUGUGAUACUUGGAAUUUGGAAGGCUUAUCAUAAGCACUUAAUCAGGAACCGUACUACAGUUCUAAAGUACAUAAUAGUAAGACAACCCGGCCUCACUCCACAAGCAUGCAUUGAACAGUACAAAUAGCAUACGUGUGAAGAAUGCUUUUGGACUUGUGAAGAUUUGCCAUCGGGACAAGGACCUAUGAUUGCAUCCUCAACUGAAAGCACUUGUGAGCUUUGCUGUGGCUCUUGAAAGCCACAGAAAGGUUUCAAGGUUCUGUGGAAACAUGGAAAACCGUGCAACUCAUAACAGUUAAAGGACUAAGUCUGGAAUAAUAACUAGUUCUGUCUGGAAGGAAUAGUCUGACCGGUUCUGUUGGCUUUCAUUCUAAUUGUUUCCAAUUUUCAUGCAGUUUUACAAUAUGUGUCUUAGUAAUGUGCUUCAGCCAUCUGGCAAAGUUCUACAGAAAGAUGACAUUUCAUGGAAUAUCUCAGAAGUCAUUAUGAAUUUGGAUAUUAAACAUGUAAAUAUAUCUGUGCAUUCAAAGAUGAAUGUAUGCCAAGGAUAAUUCAUUUAAGAAUUUCUUGUACGUGUUUCUUAGCUUGCAACAAAACAAAAUAGUAAAAUCUAUGUAAAGCUAUGCAAUUAAUUUGUAAAACUCUUUUUGGCCCACUUCUGCUUUUAGUAAAAAAGUGCUAAAACUUUUAAGUGUAUUUGAGGGUGGAAAAGUGAUUUUUAUAUGAACAUUUGAUCUAUGUAAAUACAAAGAAAUGAAAUGUGCUGCUUACUUGCAUGAAUAAACAGGUAUCUCAUAUCAAUGCCAAGUGUAGAGAAAACAGAAAUAAGCCAACAUUUGUUAAGGAUAGAAUGGCAGGAGAAGCUCAAACUAGCUUUUAGCUAACCAGACUCUUGAAUCCUUCUUCAGCUUUUGCAAGCCUAAAAAUUACUUAUUAAAACCUCCUAUCAACAUUAUGAUUUUUCUAAAAAUAAAUUUAAAAAAAAAGAAAACGUUUAUGUAUUUUCCUUCUUAGUAGCUCUAGAAAUCCAAAAAUUUUGGUACUGUACCAUAGAGGCAGUCUUCAAAGGGAGUUUGUCUUCCUGCUCCAUCAGCAAUUCAGGUUUGUUUCUUACAGACGCUUUAAUCAUUUUAGAAGGAAGUUGGCCAGUAGCAACAAAGCUGUGAGCUGCUUUCACAGGGUGCUUACCAGUGCGAAGUGCAGAGAAAGCAUCUAUCUGUGUGAAGGUCAGGCAUGGCUUUUGAACAAAAACAUCUAGAUUUGGUAACACAGAAUCUAGUGAAAACACACACAGAAAUAGAAGGCUUAGCAUGGGCAAACUUAACGGUGUUGGCAUUGAGUGUUCCUCAUCCAGCUAUCAUCACAGCCUUUAGUAGAUGCUUUUGCAGUGCCAUGUGUCAUUGUCUCACCUUCUGAUACGAGAGGACCAUAACUAAAUGACAUGGCAAUGCAGGCGUUGCCAAGUGACUAAAUGGUAAAAAAUUUACUGAUUUUUUUUCCAGUCUAACCCGGCAUAGAUUGCUGCAUGGAAUUUGGGCACAGCUAUACUCCACAAAGCAGGCAAACCUAAAAAUGUUUGGAGGGAAUGGCUGUUAUAAUGCUGAUUUCAGCAGCUCUCAUUUCCUCUGGCUUUGUCCAUUCAUAGAUUCAGAGGCUGGAGUUGUGGGAGAAGGAAGAAAGACCUUGAAAUUUCGGGCUGUUCUCUUGUGGUGAGCAAGAAACUGCCGAUUUAUAGGUUUCUGUUACUUAUCUGUGGAUAAAGUGUAGCAGUUCACAUAUUUUUCAGUUAUCCGCGUAUUAAUUCCUACGUUGCUAUUUGCCUCAGUACCCACUAAGACUUUGAUCUUGCACUUCCCUAGCUCAACUGCUCUUGCAUUGUAACUAAAUAUCCUAAUUCAUUAGUUCUCGCAUUCAUUGGGUCAAGAAACACCAGUUAACAACUAUUCUUCACCCUACUGGAAGUAUUUUUAUGGUCAUCUCCCAGAGAUCAGCUGCUGCCCAUCGUGUUCUUAUGGGCUGUCAGUGACUUUCAGAUCCCAAUUUGGGAAUUAGCUUUCUCGUUUCCAUACAAGUUUUGAUCAGACUGUGCAGUGGGAUGAAAAAAUACUGUCCUUUCCAGGCCCAAACUGCAAGUUAACUCCUGGUGAGGUACCUUCACUGUUAAACUGAGUUUAAAUGGAUGGCAACGAAGAGCUCUGUCUUGUUCCUAUGGCACACCCUCUUCAGUUCUGUUUUUUCUCCAGUCUACCUCCUUUGAGGAGGAGGAGUUACUGUCAGUAAUAGGAGGAAAAAAGCAAAGCAGAAUCUUGUUCUUGUAGAGUAUCAUGUCACUUUAGCUUCUACAAGGGAGCUGAAGUGGCAGUUUAGUUCAUCCUAACUAUCAGUGAAAGGACUGCUUGGAAAAUGUUUUGACAGUUAUCAAAUGUGAUCUCCAUUUGAAAUAAUUAUCCAAACAAAUUCAUCAGGCUGUGGAAAUGAAAUUUUGGCGAUUCUUAUGCAUAACAUUUGGCAGCUUUCACUGUAGAUCCUAUUCAUGCUCAUUUCAAUGUCUGUGACAAAUUUUGAAUGCUAAGGAAAACUUUUCAGUGUACUCACCUUUCAGUGUACCUUGGGCUGUAUUACACUCCCAAUUGUGCAUUUUGCUAUUUUUCUUGCUAAUUAUUUUAGGCCACUAUCUAAACUGUACUAUUCUCUGUGUGUUUUUCACUUGACAAGAUUAUCAAACAAACCUUAACGUUUUCAUAAACUGAAAAAAUUAUUUUCUUUUUGCUCUAUUCUGUUACGCAGAUAUAAAAGACGCAUUUGAAAGAAAGUGGAGAGAUGAUUAGGAAUAGGAAAAGGACUUGAAUGGAGCAAAAAUACAGUUUUUUCAAACCCCUGCAUUUGGAGUACUUUAAGAACCACAAGGAUAAAAUGCUAAAAUGCAUCUUCCUCCAUCUGCUUGUGAAAAACCACUGAAGCUUCAGCUAGCGUGUAGUAAUUGUAUUCUUCUAUU